UUCUUUAUAGACAAACUUUCAUUUAUAAUGGUACGUUUAGUUACUACAUGUUUCAAUUUGGUUGUGUGAACUGUGAACCAUAUUUAAAGUAUUUAGUAUACUUUUAGUUUUGCACUUUUUAAUGGUUAUAGCAUUUUUUGUGGUAGGGGUUUUGUUGCAAGAUAGUAAUUUUUGUAAGUAAAUCCGUUCUCAAUACUGCAUGCCUUUGUAUGCAAAACACACAAAGAUCUGUUUGUCUUUAUAUACAUUUAUUCCGAGAAUACAGUAUUAUUUUACAAUUCUUUAUUCUGUAUAUAUAUACAUACAUGUAUAAAUGUGUAUAUACAUGUAUAUAUUAUUUCCAAUUACUUUUUCAUUUUCACACACAGCUAUGACAACCCCACAAUCAGGUUGUAUCCCAUAAUUCACACCUAUAUUGAGGUCAAGCAAACACAAAAUAACAGGAUGUCUACAAUAGCACCCUAUUUUGCAGGAUUACUCUGUCUCUGUUUUUUUCAAGAAUUCCGUGAUUAUCAUUUUACACAAGAGUUUAAUUUUAAAACCUGUUUUUAUGUUCUUGGUUAUGAUACUUAAUUCUUUGAAAAGUGUCUAAUUUGCUUAUUUUUUUAUUGUCUUAUUGAUGACUUAACUUGUUUUUUUUUGUUCAUUUAUACGACUGCCGAACCGACAUAAACUGCUUCACAUCAGAACACAUCAAUGUCCAGCAUCAUGUGUUUACUUUAGUUUAUAAGCUGCCAGUAUGUUACAUACUUUUGCUGCUGUAUUAUGCAUUCCAUAUAGCUUUUUCUGUUUUUAAAAAAAUCAUUGUACAGUAAUAUGUUGAACGUAAUUGUUUUUAACACCUGAAAUGAUUUCAUAGUCAAUAUCCCGCCAUUGCAUGUAUAAGCUAAUUCUUCUUUGUAAAAAUCUUUGUCUUUCUUUGUAAAAAGUGUUUAGUAUGGUAGAAAAAGACGGGACAACAUUCUGUUAUCUCGUCCUAUUUGGUAGUAAACAAGAAACUUUCAAUUUCAAAACUUGACGACUUCCAUAGACCAUUGUUAAUUGUUUUAAACACGAUCAAGAUUGUUGGAUAUUAUGUGCUAAAGGUGUCCUGUCUUCUUCGCCUUACCACAAUAUUAGUAGUGUGUUAUUCUAUUUUUUUCAUAUUUUACCUCAAGUAUUUAAAUGCAGCAUACAACUUAGAGCAGUCUACAGCUUUUAAAAUCAAUGUUUACCGAAAUGGUACCAUUCUGUGUAAAACCUUUUUCUUAUUUUAUAGAAAAUUUUAGUGGUUAGAUAUAAUUUUGGUUAAAAGCAGCUUAAAGUUUUGAACUGCAAGCUUUUGAUUUAAACUGAACAUGCUACUGUAAAAGAGGUGAAUCUAUAUUUCAAUGGAGAAAUUAUCCUCACACUGGUGACGAAAAGUGCUGAGUCGUGGCGAUGUCCCACACUGAUGAUUACUCAGCAAAACACACGGUGUCGCCAGAGGUCAAAAGUAUCUCUGCUAAACGACUGUACCGUCGAGUUGUAGAAUGUGUUCGAAAACUGGACCUUGGGCGUCAACACAGAAGAAGUUUGAUCAGUCUUUUUCACCCUGAACAAGUGAAAUUAAGGCACAAAUUACGAGAAGCAUGCGAGAGAUUAAUGUUCACGUAUUCCAGUGAUUAUGGAAGGAAAGCCGAGGAAUUGUUAUGGAGGAAAGUGUAUUAUGAUGUCAUACAUGCUGUUAAAAGUGGAAGAAAGUUUCAGUCGAAUGCUCCAGGAGCAUUACAGCAGCAUCAUCUGCAACCUCAUUUUCGUCAAUUCCUCUACUCUGCUGUUGGUUAUUAUCAUUAUCUUCUGCUACGUCUGCAAUCCAAGGUGAAGACAGAUUUGGUUUGUAUAGAUCUUCCUCUUGCUGAUAAACCUCUUCAGAGAACUACAAGAAGGAAAAAUGAAGAGGAUGCUAAAACUCAGGAUACAGAAGAGAAGGAGAUUGAAUUGUGGGUGAAAGCAACAAGUUAUAAGAUACUGGUGUGCCUUGGUGAUCUGAGUCGUUAUCAGAUGGAAUUUGGAGGUUUAAAAUCGCGUCCGAACAGAUUCUAUCAACUUGCCUUGCUCACUAAGCCUGGAAUGGGAAUGCCACAUAAUCAGUUAGCUACGUUGGCUGGCCAUCAGUCUUGGUGGGGCCUGACUGCAACUUACCAUUACUGCCGAUCGCUUUACGCUGAGCAAAGCUUUGGAGGGGCUGAGGGAAACUUGCAGAAACUUUUGGAUCGAAAUAAGAAGUUGUUUUACCAGCUACCAACUGAUGCUUUGGAUGGAAUUGUCUCCACCAAAGUUUACAGAAAAGAACACACAAGGAUAUUCAUCAUUUCAUUUCUUUACCUGUGUGACUUACUCAGACCGAAAACUUACUCAACAGAUGUGGAAAUAUCAGGUCUUUGCAAAAGAUUAAUCGAUGCCCUACAUGUUUGUCUCAACAAUAUGAACUUGGAAACUGACUUUAUUGAAGAGGAUUUAUUUGAAGCAUUACCAAAUGGUGACAUUGGCCAAGGGCUGGGCUCCAGCAAACAAAAAUCAGGAGACAAUAGACACUCCAACAAGUCCGGCACAUCAGUUAAUGUUGUAGCAAAGGCAGCUGAUCACAGGAAACAACAGAAUUUACAACACCGUUUAAAUGGGGACAUUGUGUUUAAAAUCUGUGUGUUGUGUUUGAUGAAUGUACAUGAUCUUCAGGCUUGCAGAUCUAAUAGAUCUUCAGCAGCAAUAGCGUUUGCUUUAGCUUUCUUUUCUCAUGUUCUUGGACAUGUCUGCCAACAAAUAACAAGUGAUAUAAAAGAAACCGAAAAACAGAAAAGUGAAAACCUUCCAAAUGGUUGCACCGACACCCAGGCUGAUGGUGACCACUGGUCUGCGGCACCGAAGAGCAAGAAGAACAAAUCCCGAAUGUUGACCAGGAGAAGAAGAAGAGUCUCGGGAGCGGAGGAUGGUAAUCUGAGUGAAGGAGAAGACUCGAUCGCAGCAGGAGAUCAUGCAUCCGAUUCUGAUCCGAUUGAUUCAAGUUCCGAGGAUGACUCCUCCUAUACCAGCUCCAGUGGAUCCGGGACUCGAUUGAGUCAGGAGGACCUUUCCUCACAAGAUGAGGAAGAUCAGUUUAAAACAGAUGAGAACAAGGUUCGCGGAAGAAGUGAGAAAAUAGAGGUUCAACCUCCACAGCCAACUCUGGCAGUUGCAAGUUUACAAGAUCUUUCAAACAAAAUGUUUCAGCCAACCAACCGCCAUAAGAUAACACUCGCCCCUUCAUUCUUACAACACCUCACUCCAGCAACCCCUGCUAUUAAACCAACCCCACCCGUUGAGGUAACCCAACCAAAGAUAAAUGAGAUAAUAAAUGAAGAAAUCAAAGUUGAAACAGGAAGUAACGAUAUUCAAGAUGAUUCUAUAACCGACAAACCAGAAGUAAUGGAUUCUAAUGAAGGGUUUCGAAUCUUACAAGUGAUGUCACAAUACCAUUGUCUUACCUCUGUGCUCAAACUGCUUGCUGAUUGGCUGUCAGCAAAUGAGGGUGUAGUGGGGGCGUGUGCCAAGAGCUCUCGUGCUUUAUGGAACCGAUUAGUUCAAUUAGUGGAAGUUUUACCCACAGAAAAACUAAUGUUACAAAUUGAUGAGCUUCAAAAUGACAAGAUAUCAAAUAAUUUUCUUAUGCAAGUUAUUGACACCUCAAGUCCAACAGAAAGUAAACCUGUUGAAAAUGGCAAAACUGAUGAAACUGAACCUGCUCGAAAAGAGAAAGCCCCCUACCCCAAACCCAGCCCAUGGAGACAGACCAUACCCCUUCCUGAAGAUUACGUAAUAGCAAAGAUGAAUGCUAUAAAGGAUCCAAGCUCCAAGUCAUUCAUAGACACAACUUUACCCUAUCAAAGUCUUACCAAUUUACAGCAGUGCAUGAUUCGUACAUGCCGAUUACGUCACUUAUGUCGCACCCUCGCUUCUAUGGAUGACGUUGAAGUUGACGUCAUCAACUCUGACGUCACGAUCGGCGACGAGCAUUUCGCUGCCCCUGAGGAGGAAACGGUUGACCCCCAGAUGGAGCUAGAGGCUGUAGAAGCAAUGCGUAAAGCGCGUAUGAUGAAAGACAUGGCGGCAUCGAGACUCCGAAACGAAGUUCAACUUCUAGAAACUUCUCUCGGUGCUCCCAAGUCACGUGACUCUGCACUCUGUCUCUACCUAGUGGUUGAUACGUCAUCAAUGUCACUGGAACUCCCCCACAUACGUCGUCUUGUCGCCAGCGGUCGAUUUCUGGUCGUGAUUCCAAAAACAGUUAUCGAUGGCUUGGACGCGAUAAAGAAGGAAUCCCAGGGCGCGCGAGACGCGAUACGUUAUCUGGAGAGCGAAUUAAAGAAAGGUAACCGGUUCAUCCGGGCGCAAAGUAAAGACGAGCAAGUGCCUGGUGUGGAUGGGGAGCCGCCCAAGCUUCGUCGUGACGACGUUGACGCAUGGCGUUUCUACCGCAUCGUGGAAUGCUGUCGUUUUCUUAUCCAAGCCGAAGCAAGGAAGUCAGGCACUGAAGAAAAAGAUCACGGCGAUCUUGUGACCAUUUUAACAUGCAGUAGGGAGCAGCCAACGCCUCGAAAAUCGACCGCCAUUGCCGCUGCCAAAGCACAUGGCAUACAGGUGAAAAGCGCCACCGUCUUCAGCAAAUCUCGAGCGAAAGCCUCAAACCAUCCUCAACAUUGAAACCGACACGUUAAAGAGAGGAACUUUACCGCCACACUUCUAGUAACAGGACCCCUCAUUACAAAAGAGAAUCUUACACUUUCGGAUUUUUUAAUUUUUCCUGCUGAUUUUAGCGAACAAUUUCCACACGCGAGAAUAUAAUAAAGAUUAAUCAAUGAGUUGCAUCCUUUAA